AUGAGUUGUAUUGUCUUUAAUUGCAAAAAAACUUGUUCUGACCAAGAAACUUCUUUGUGUGACACACACUACACAAUCUUGAAAGAAAAUCCUUCGACUUUUCCCAGCACGCAUAAAAUAAAAAGUGAUUCCUCCUUCUCCCUCACCUCUCUUCUUUCACCAUCUUCUUCAACGAGGUACACUCAUUUAAUAUCUUUACGUAAAGGUACUGCCGAGUAUAAUAAGAUUGAAACAAAGUUUUUGAAGGAUUGGGUUAAGAAGAAUGCGCAAGGCUUACGAGUAGAAGCCAUUUAUAAUAUCAUUUUCCCACUCGAAAUAAUUCGACAAUAUAACGACUACAAAUCUCAAGUCGAAUCUCAAAUUAAAAAUAAAGCUCUAGGUCUUCCAGAAGCGAACGAAAAGUUGCUUUGGCACGGAACAGACCAAUUAUGCUGUAUCUUUUAUGACAAACCAACAAUUGUGUCUUCGCCAUGUGCUACCAACAAUUGUCCUGGUUGUGGCAUCCUGAUGAAUUCUUUUUCGAUGGAGAAAGUGGGAAUUAAUCAUCAAGGAAGAACGUUUCAAAGAUUGGGCCAGGGAUUGUAUUUCACGCCGCAUUCGAGUAAAGCGCAUUUUUAUGGACACCUUGGAGCUAAGUCUUUGCCGAAUGAAAGUGGACGAUAUUGCAGAAUUAUGUUUCUGUCUAAAGUAAUUAUCGGUAAACCGUGGGAACCGGAAAUCGUAGCGCAAAAUGCGAGCGGUCCGCCCGCAGGAUACAAUUCGACUUGGGGCCGAGUUGGAUAUUGUCCACACGGGGGUGCAAUGUUGAAUUAUGAGGAGUAUGCUGUUUAUAGACAAGAUGCGUGUCUACCAGUGAACUAUGUAGCAUAUUCUUAUACGUCGAGUAGUGAAUAA